AUGCUGUUUCUCUUGCCAGCCUUCGCUCUAGCUCUUCCUCUCAUCGUCGUUGCUGCACCCACCAACAACACUGCUCCUCCUGAGUCUGUGAUUGAAGAUGCAAAACAGCUAGCGGUUGAAUCGGUUACCCCACUUAGUUCGGCGGAAGUCGACGGUUCCAUCCCGUAUGGAUUGUUCGCAGCCGCUGCAUACUGUAGUCCGGAAUCGCGAGACAGUUGGCAGUGCAAGUCAUGUCAGGCCGACCCAAUUAAAGAUUUCCAGAUGUACAAAGGCGGCGGAGAUGGAAGUGAGGUUCAGUACUGGUAUGUGGGCUGGUGGCCGUCUCACAACUCAGUUAUCGUUGGACGUCAAGGGACAGACCUUACCAAGAUAGAAGCAGUUCUUACAGAUGCUACAUUCCUCCCCGUUACGCUUCCAAGCGACCAGUUCCCAGGCAGCCCGCUUUUGGCUGCAGCUCACGCCGGCUUCUUAGCGUCUCACACACGCUCGGCUGCUGACAUUCUGAGCGCUGUCAAAGAUGUGUUGGCUCAGAGGAACGCAACACAGAUACUGGUAAUCGGCCACUCACUGGGCGCUGCGCUGGCUGUUCUGGAUGGUCUAUACCUACAAAUCCAGCUCGGAAGCGCAGUAAAUGUUAUCAUAACAGGAUUUGGAGGACCCAGGGUGGGAAACGAUGUAUUUGCCGACUUCGUCAACGAAAAGAUUUCAAGUGUCACGCGUAUCACUAACAAACAGGAUCUUGUUCCAGUGUUACCCCCGUUAUUACUUGGCUUCAGACACACAACUGGUGAAGAACAUAUUAACGCCGAUGGGGUAUGGAAUAACUGUGCGGGACAAGAUAACCUGAGUCCAGAUUGCUCGGCGGGACAAGUCUUGACUGAGGGAGUUGUACUAAGUGACCAUCUUGGACCAUAUGCCGGUGGUGUAAUGAUAGGACAGGAUAUUGGUACAUGCUAG